GGAAGUUCCCAACGCAUUGUAAAACAUGUAGAAUGUUCAUUUGAGUGAAGUAUAUCAUUUCCUCUCUUACCUCGUGAAAUAGAACUAGAACUGGUAGCCGCCUCAAAAUAUCUCACAAAUGUAGCGCUUUGAGGACUUUCCGACUGAAGGACUCAUGAGUGAUGUAUCAGUGAUGGUUCUGAGGCUCGAGGUAUGGAGAAAAAUAUUGCUGAUCAGCUCAACAAAGCCUUCGAAGCCUAUCGCACCGCCUCCAUCGAACGAGACAAUGCCAAGAAAGAACUAAAGCAAAAGACUGAGUAUUAUGAAAGAAUCACACAGAAGCUCCAACAACAGAUAGAGGACCAAAACCAGCAGAUUUCUAUACUCCAAGCUCAAUUAAAUACCACCACAAAUCAUGCUUCAGGGGAGGUGAAAUGUUGCGAGAGUGGCCUCCGCCAACAGGAAACGGAGCUCUUGUCACCUGGUGAACUGCGCCACAGCAAGUCAUUCUCCCGCUCCUAUAGGACAAACCACUUCCUGGGGAAUGAUAUGAGGGACGGCUCCGGGCCGCACCUCCACAAUCUGGCUGGAGCGAGCUGUAAUAAGACUGAGGACAUCCUUGAAGCUUUUCAGGAGGUCCAGGGGAAAUUCCAGCAGAUCCGUUCGCUCACCAAACGCCAAAAGGAUCACCUGAGGAGAAUACACAGAGGGAAAGAUCACGCCAAUGGUACACCAGUAACCCAGCCAGGGCUGCUGACAGCUUUGGCCAGGCCCAGGACAACAUCCUCUGAAAGCCCCCCCCAGCCCAAUACAUACAAUAUAACGAGGAACCAAUUCUGGGCUCCCCCUCUUCCUGGGGCCGGGACAACUGUCCCCUUUGUCCCCCCGUCAGCACCCCUGAACCCAGCAGCACCCCAAAUAGCCCUCUUUGAGACCCAGUUCUCCAUGCCCAUCCAGUGCACUGACGUGACGGCUGAGCAAGCGGAAGCUUCCUUCUCCUCUUCCUCGACCUCCUCGGCCGCGACCAGGCCCAGCUUGGAGGACUCGCUGCCCGCUAGCCCUUUAGCCAGCGCCGCUACGGGCGCGUUAGGUGCUGCCGCCGCCGCUGCCAUUAGCUCGCUAGCCUCCCGCGGGGCCAACCCCGAGGACGCCGACUCCGUGUUAAGUAUUAAGCUGCCGCCAAGGACGGACAGCGAGUACGAGUUCCUCAACAGCACGCCCGAGAAGCCGGUGGAGCUCCCGGGUGCUUCCUCUUCCUCGGGCGUGCACAGGACUGCGUUUGUCACAGGGGUGCUCUCCUCAUCAGAGGAGCCCUCCAAGGAACUUGGGGUGCCUUUUGGCUACCCGCCCUCCCUGUCCCCCUCAAGCAUACCCUCGGUGUCCUCCUCCAUGUCAUUAGAGAGUGUACGCGGGCCCCAACAGCCCCUGUGGACCCCGGAGCUGUGUGACAGUGCGGUGUCCGUGGGCUCUCCGCCGGCCUGCAGCUCCGAGCCCCACCAGCAGCAGAACUGUGCCUUCUGCAACGCCAGCGUACCCCACGACCGCAUGUACAGCCACCUCAAUUCACACUUUAAGAACAGCGCCUGCAAUUGACACUAGAUUCUCACCCCCCCACCCCACACACACACCUCAUCAUCAUCAUCAUCAUCAUCAUCAUCAU